CACACCCUGGUCACUACUGGAAUUUCGCAACUACCUCAUGCUCCAGCCAUGUUCACACUACCCCAAAGUCUGCUAAGGGAAUCUCAUGCAGCUUAAACAGCGCCGGGAGCGAAACAUGUCCUCGCCGCCCUAGCCCGCUCGCAAGCAUCUGUUUAAAUACCUGUCACUUCCGCUGCUUCCCCGAUGCAAGCGGCUUUUCACUCCCACCAUUCGAUGUGAUCUUCGUUUACCGUCCACCGUCGUAGUUCACGUUCCGCACUACCACACUCGUUGGCCGUCACAAUGUUCCCUUUUCCAUUAGCCUUGUUCCCCAAUUGGAGUUGGUUUUGUAUCUUUUUGGCUCUCUUUUUGUUUCGAUAUGUCAGAUUAUGGGUGAACCUGGCGAGCAACUGGACGUACACACCCAUGAAGCCUGUCGACGACCCUACCAUCACAUCAAAGGACAUGACUGUCAUCAUCCCAACAGUUGCCGAAAACCUGCAACAACUGAAAGAGACGGUUCAAAGCGCAUACCGUCUCGAGCCGUUGAGCCUCCUCCUCGUCACACCCGACUCGCGAGUAAAGCGUGUGUACCAGAUGGUAGAAGAGCUGGGUAGCCCCAAGAUCAUUCAAGUUCUAUCCGUCAGCCAGGCCAACAAGCGUCGACAGCUAUGCCGGGCCAUUCCCGAGGUCGAGACCAAGAUCACGCUUCUACUUGACGACGAUGUAUGGUUACCGGAGAAGUUUACCAAGUGGAUUCUCGCUCCUUUUGAGGACCCAUCUGUCGGGGGUGUUGGAACCAACCAGCAAAUCCGCCGCUUCAACCGCUCCAACAUCUGGGAGUUCCUGGGUGCCAUCUACCUGGUGAGGAGGAACUUUGACUGCACCGCCUGCAACUGGAUAGAUGGUGGCCUGCCGUGCCUGUCUGGACGCGCCGUUGCCUACCGAUCCGAGAUCCUGCAAGACCCCAAUUUUACCUACGGCUUCACGCACGAGACAUGGGGCAGCGAUCACUUUCUUAACGCCGACGACGACAACUUCAUCACGCGAUGGUUGUUCUCACACAACUGGAAGAUCCAGAUGCAAAACCAUCGCGAAUGCGAAGUCGAGACGACGCUCGAGGACGAUUCAAAAUAUCUUCGUCAAUGUCUGCGAUGGGUCCGCUCCAACUGGAGGAGCAAUCUGACUAGCCUGACGGAGGGUUACAUGUGGAUGAACUACCCAUGGUCCCUCUAUGCCGUCUUCCAAACCACGCUUACGCAAUGGGCCUUCCUCCUCGAUUGCGCCCUCUUCGUCUCAGUCUACCUCGCGCUGGCGGAGGCAGGAUACUACGCAGCAGAGGAUGACAAGCAAGCCCAUGCGCAGGACUGGCAGCGCAACCUUUUCUGGGCGCUGUUCCUCGCACACUGGGUCUUCGCGAAGACGAUCAAGCUAAUUCCCCAUUUGUUAAGAAACCCGGGCGACGUCCGCUUCGUCCCGAUCUCGAUUCUUUUCGGCUAUUUUCACAACCUGAUCAAGCUCUACGGCUGCAUCACCGUGACAGAGCUGACGGCUUGCUACCAGACCACAUGGGGUACUCGCGAGGGUGCAGAUGCCGACGACAACAUCAGGAUGUUACCUAUCCCGCCGAUGGCGACAAUUACCCCUCCCUUGACGCCUCCACCAGGCGGACGCGUGCUUCGCGAGCGAGGCGCCGGUUUUCCGAUGAUGAAUUAGACGACGAUUUUUCCCUUUCUGGCCGGCAUUCCAGGCCCCGGCCGCGCGUUUUUGGAUGCAUUAAUGUUAGACGCAUGUCAGUUUGAAGCAUAGCAUCUACCAGUACACGCAUGGUAGAGCAGCGCUGUGUUGUUUCCUACUAUUGAGCGUGGCAGCUCUCGGAUACCAAAAUGGGCCAGGUUGGAUGCAAGGUGUUCAAGGAGUUUACGGCCAUGGUCGAAUUUGCAGCGUCUUUCCACGCGCCGUGUUGGUGAAUACCCAACCAUGUAGUCUACGCAAAAGUCACAACAAAUGACAAUGAUGAUGACCGUUAUUACA